CCGUUAUACACAACAAACACAUACAAAUACAAAGAGUGGAGCCAGAGUGAAACAAGCGAGUGCAACUCAACCAUACAGAUCGUUGCAAAUCUAAUCCUAAGAUUGGGGCAUUGCGGUGAUCUAGGGUUUUGAGAUCUUUUCUCGCUGCAUGCUUUUCUAGAGAGUGAUAAUGGCGACUCCGGUAACUGCUGUUCAGGUUGGUUCGUACUUUGUUGGGCAGUACUAUCAGGUUAUCCAACAACAACCAGAUUUUGUUCAUCAGUUCUAUACAGAUUUGAGUACAAUGCUUCGCGUUGAUGGGAAUAGGACCGAGUCAGCCUCGGCAAUGCUGCAAAUCCAUUCACUUAUCAUGUCACUUCAUUUUACUGGAAUUGAGAUUAAGACAGCACAUUCUCUGGAUUCUUGGAAUGGAGGUGUUAUUGUGAUGGUCUCAGGCUUGGUGCAAAGUAAGGAUUUUAAAGGCAAGAGGAAAUUUGUGCAGACUUUUUUCCUUGCUCCUCAGGAGAAAGGGUACUUUGUCCUCAAUGAUAUCUUUCACUUCCUUGAUGAGGAACUGGUCCACCAGCAUCCAGAAGCUCUAUUAGCACAGGAUAAUUUUGAAUCCACAGCAAAUGUAUCUACUUCCCAUCCUGAGCCAGCUGUUUCAGACUACAUGUUGGGGGAUGAAAUUCAGGCCAUAGAAUUUGUGUCAUCAGCUCAUGUGGAAGAAAAUGAACCCACAGACAAUUAUAAUAUCGAAGAGGAACAGCAGCAACAAGUAUUGGGGGCAGAAAACCGAGAAGAGGAAACUCCUGUAGUAGAAGAGCCAACUGCUUUUCAGGGUACAAUGAACCCUGUGCGAGAACCUCCUACUGCUCCUGUUGAGGAACCUGUUGGAGAACCCCCUAAGCAAACUUAUGCUUCUAUUCUACGGGUUGCUAGAGGGCAAUCUGCAUCAUCUAUUGCUCCUCAGCCAUCUGUGAACAAGAGCACACAACCUACAGAGCGGCUUCAUACACCACAGCCUACUCCUCAGCAGUCAUGUACUGCAUCAUCUAUUGUUCCUGAAAAAUCUGUUGCAGAGGUGGCAGAAGAAGUUACAAUGUUGGAAGAAGGUGAAUCAAGAUCUGUGUAUGUGAGAAACUUGCCCCCUACUGUUUCUGUUUCUGAUAUUGAGCAGGAGUUUAAAAACUUUGGUAGAAUCAAGCCUGAAGGUGUGGUCAUCAGGCAUCGGAAGGAUGUUGGCAUUUGCUAUGCUUUUGUUGAAUUUGAAGAUGCCAUUGGUGUUCAAAAUGCAAUUCAGGCAUCUCCAAUACAAUUGAGUGGGCGGCAAGUGCACAUUGAGGAGCGGAGAGCAAAUGGUCCUGGUGGAACUGUAGGGGGAAGGAGGAGUAGUAGAGGCAGGGGCAGCUAUCAGAGAGAUGCUCCAAGGGGGCGUUUUGGCGGUCGGGGUUUUGGCAGGGGAAGCAGCCAGGAUGGUGGUGAGAGGGGGGACUACAACAGCAAACCAAGGGGUAAUGGUUUCUAUCAGCGAGGUGCACGACAAGACAGAGGAAUCUUGGGAAAUCAAGUAUCAAGAAAUGGGCAGAACCCGUCAGAGGUCACAUUCUAGGCUUCUAACACAGGGAGAGAGAUGUAACUUUUUAGUUUAGUUAAUCUUCAAUUCAGGUGCAUUUCCUUAUUUUGGGGUGUUGGGUAAGAAGCACCCCUGUUUUUUUGGGGUGUGGGCAUCAUCAUAUUUUAUCCUUUCUAUUCUUGUUAUAUGAUUUUCUUAUUUUAACUUCUGAUUUAAGAGAAAAUGAUUUUUACAAGAAUUGAGUAAUAGUUUUGUGUCGUCGUUGGGUUAUUGGGUAGUUGCUUGUUAGCUUUGGAUAUUCGUGUUCUCAUAAUCAGUUAGAGACACAUUUUGGAUUUUGGAUUUUGGAUUUUUGUUUUUCUUUUUUUGUCUUUUUAUGCGGGAAAAUAUUAUUAAUAUAAAGUCAGCGGAUUAUGGAUGGUUCUCCAAGCUAAAUAGUUGGUUAGGCUUCGGUUGAGCUUGCUUUUGUGGCAUUGAAAGGGGGCUAUGUUGAUGAGGUUUUCUUCUGAGCCAUUUGUGGCAUUUUUUUGGUAUGUUUAAAACUUUGGCUGCAGCAACAGAAACCUAUCCUGAAUUUGGGGCAUGUGAGAGUUGCAUUAUACCACUAUUUAGUAGUAGUGGCUUUUUAUAACCUUCUUACACAAUUAGGUAUUGGAAUUGUUUUGCAUGUAUUUGUAACCGUGGGUAUUUAUUGAAUAAACGCUGUCACAUAGGUGUCAUUUUAGCAUUUCUCUCAUUAUGUGAAUAUGUACAUAUGGGACUUUGUAAAAGUAGA